AUGGAGGCGCCCGCGCCGGAGCCGCCGGCGGCGCCGCCGCCUCCUCCCGCCGCCGCGGACGCGGAGAAACCAAAAGAUCAUCAGUCGUGGGCGCGCCCGCCGGACUUCGACGCGCUGUCGAGAUACGGCUGGCGAUGGCGACCGUCGGACACCGUCGACGAGAAUUACGUCGACCUCGUCUCGCUCGUGUCUCGGAACAGCACGUGCGCGGACGGGCACAUGGGAUGCGCGCUCGUGCGCGGCAUCGCGCGCGGCGGCGGCGGCGAGCGACGCGAGACCGCGGUGGGCGACGUCGUGCUGACGACGAUCAACUCGCCGCUGUUCGGGGCGCUGCGAUCGGACUGCCACGCGGAGGCGAACGCCGUCGCGGAAGCCGCGGCGCGCGGGAUUUCCCUGCGAGGAAACGGCGACGACGCGACGACCGUCACGUCGUGUUACGUCACGCGCGCGCCGUGCCUGAGCUGCUAUAAGCUCCUCGCGAGCGCGGGCGUCGGGCGGAUCGUCGCGCCGCGGCUCAUGGACUCGGCGGACGCGCGCGCGUCCGCGAAAAAGCUCGACGUCGAGUGCGUCGCGUGCGAGGACACCGAGGAGAGGAGAGCGCACAGGUUAGGCCUCGGGAAGACGCACGAGAACAUGGACGAGAUACGCGCGAGGAGGGAGGAGAGGAAGCGGCUGAAGAGGGAGGGGAAGCUCGGGAAGAAAGAGCUCGUGCCGAUCGAGAAGAAGCGCGAGCGAUCGGGGCGCGGCGGCGACGACGACGAGCGGAGCGAAUGAUGAAGCGGAGAGGCGCGCGUCGAGGUAUUAGGUGCGUUCUAUACACUGGUUCCCAUACGAUCGCGUCGACGUGGUGAACGCCGAUCCUUAAGGACUUUGCCCGGCGCAUCUCUCCGCCCACCCCUCGCUUUCAAUCCCCGCCCUCGACGCCUUUCAACGCCAAC